GGAGAAAUUUGUAUAUUUUGCAAAGAGGAAAAAAGAUAUAAAUAAUUUGUCGUCAAGUCCGUGGCUGACGGCCGUGACUGUGAGUGAAGAGCUUGCAAGACCAGCAGCUCCGGCCGAGUAUAUAGUAUAUACUGCCAUUGGAGGUGAGCGAAGGAUGAAGCGCUUCUUUAAACCGAUAGAGAAGGAAGGGUCUUCGAAGAAGGUGGCUCUCUCACCUUCGCUGAAAGAUGGUGAUGAUGGUGAUUCAGAAGCAUCAGUGCCGGACAAGAAAGAGCCUCUUAAAUUUGUAACUUGGAAUGCAAAUAGUUUACUUCUUCGAGUUAAAAAUGACUGGUCGGAGUUCACCAAGUUCGUAACCAACCUUGAUCCGGAUGCUAUUGCCAUACAAGAAGUAAGGAUUCCUGCAGCAGGUUCAAAAGGUGCAUCUAAAAACCAAGGAGAGUUGAAAGACGACACAAAUACAUCACGGGAAGAGAAGCAGAUGUUGAUGCGUGCUCUUUCCAGUCCACCCUUUGCAAACUAUCGUGUUUGGUGGUCUCUUUCAGAUUCCAAGUAUGCUGGAACUGCAUUGUUUAUAAAAAAGUGUUUUCAACCAAAAAAGGUUUUCUUCAAUCUAGACAGAAUAGCUUCAAAGCAUGAAGUGGAUGGUCGCGUAAUUUUAGCUGAAUUCGAGACAUUUCGUUUAUUGAAUACAUAUUCACCAAAUAAUGGAUGGAAGGAAGAGGAGAAGUCUUUUAAAAGGAGAAGAAAAUGGGACAAGAGAAUGUUGGAGUUUGUUAUCCAAUCUUCUGACAAGCCUCUUAUAUGGUGUGGUGACCUGAAUGUUAGUCAUGAAGAGAUUGAUGUGAGCCAUCCAGAUUUUUUCAGCGCAGCAAAACUUAAUGGGUACAUACCCCCAAAUAAGGAGGAUUGUGGGCAGCCUGGAUUUACCUUGGCUGAAAGGAAUCGUUUCAAUGCUAUAUUGAAAGAAGGAAAGCUGAUAGAUGCACAUAGAUUCCUGCACAAGGAGAAAGACAUGGAGCGUGGCUUUUCUUGGUCUGGACACCCCAUUGGAAAGUACCGAGGCAAAAGGAUGAGAAUUGACUAUUUCUUAGUUUCCGAGAGUCUCGUAGGUAGGAUUGUUUCAUGUGAGAUGCAUGGGCAAGGGAUUGAACUAAAAGGUUUCUAUGGAAGUGAUCAUUGCCCCGUUUCUCUUGAGCUGUCAGAAGCCAGUUCUUGCCCCGAGUCUCAGAAGAACUGACUCCUUCAUUUAGCUACACAGUGAAGUUCUCUGAUUUAUUAUCAGUUGGAGUGCCUUGAGAUAAUCAAGUUUCUACUGAGGCAAUUUGGAAUCGUUUUCAUGGGACCAAUUUUCAUGGGUUUUUGCUAUGAUUGGUGGACAGACGCUACUGGAACCCCAUAUAAUUAUUUCAUUCCCUUUAUGCUGUUUUAUUUUAUUAUAACCAUACUAUUUUAUAUAUAUAUAAACAACCAGUACUCCCCAUACUCCUUGUUAAAAAUAGGGAGAGAAUUACAUAUGGAGAAUCUCUUUCCUGAUCAAAGGACAACCUUGUGAGAAAGCCAAUGUUCUUUGUUCCAUUCUUUAGAAAUGUGGCAAAAAUGGGUGAUAUUAACAAAAUUUUGCUAUAAAAAAAAUGUUAUGGAUGAGAA